AUGGCCGUUCUGGUCACAAGUCGCAUCGGAGCCUCGCUGGCCCGCGCCAGCGGCGCCCGCCGCGCCGUGCGCUCCGUGGUGCCGCUCAACGUGCGCGCCUUCAAGGACGAGGCCAAGAAGCAGGACAAGGCCGAGGUCGCCAAGCACGAGAAGCCCGGCGCCGUCGCGCCGCAGAGGCAGCACCUCGCCCCGCAGCAGCGCGUGCGCUCGCUGUUUGAUGAGAUG